UUUUCCGGUGGCGCCGGAAUCGUGGGGUCAGUCGGAGUUUUUCUUGCUUCGUUUCUUCCUCUCUCUCUCGCUGUGGCUCUGAUGAUAUCAAAUCCUUUGUUCCCAAAAUCCCUAAAUCUUCUCCAUUUCCCUUCAACUCUAAUCUCGAUUCUCGCUGUCUCUGCUGAGCAUUUCGAUUUCAGUCCCACCCAACAAGUGGAUAAGCAAAUCUCUGCUGGGUGGUUGUUGGGCGUCUUCUCCGAUCCGAUUUCGUCAGAAGUGCGAUUCGGCGCGAUUUAGGUCUUUCUUCGGGGCGUGAACUGAGUCGAUCGGUGUCCCCGCGAUAAUGGCGUCUUCGGGCGGAGUUCCGAUGGAAUUUUAUAAAGGGAUGUCAUCUGAUAACAUCAAGGGAUUGGUGUUGGCUCUGUCUUCGAGUUUCUUCAUCGGUGCCAGUUUCAUCGUCAAGAAGAAAGGCUUGAAGAAAGCUGCCACCUCUGGGAUUAGGGCAGGUGUUGGAGGGUACUCUUAUCUGUACGAGCCUCUUUGGUGGAUCGGCAUGAUCACGAUUUACUUGAUCUCUCUUCUUCCAGUGGUUGUCGGUGAAAUUGCCAAUUUUGCUGCUUAUGCAUUUGCACCUGCCAUACUCGUCACUCCUCUAGGCGCCCUCAGUAUCAUUAUCAGUGCUGCCUUAGCUCAUGUUAUACUACGGGAAAGACUACACAUCUUUGGAGUUCUUGGCUGUGCCUUGUGUGUUGUCGGCUCCACCACAAUUGUCCUGCAUGCCCCUCAAGAACGUGAGAUUGAUUCUGUCAUCGAAGUUUGGAAUCUUGCUACAGAACCUGCAUUUUUGUGCUAUGCAGCUCUGAUCAUAGCAGCUGCUAUAGUACUUGUUGUCCGAUUUGUGCCGCAAUACGGGCAGACGCAUGUCAUGGUCUAUAUUGGGAUUUGCUCGCUUGUGGGGUCGUUAUCGGUUAUGAGUGUAAAAGCGCUCGGAAUAGCCCUGAAGCUGACAUUUUCUGGCAUGAAUCAGUUAGUUUAUCCUCAAACAUGGAUAUUCACCUUGAUCGUGCUUACUUGCGUGAUAACUCAGAUGAACUACUUAAAUAAGGCGCUUGAUACAUUUAAUACGGCUGUGGUGUCUCCCAUAUACUACGUGAUGUUCACAUCAUUAACCAUUUUGGCAAGUGUCAUCAUGUUUAAGGACUGGGAUCGGCAAAAUGGUACUCAGAUCGUCACUGAAAUGUGUGGAUUUGUUACGAUACUUUCUGGCACUUUUCUUCUCCACAGGACUAAGGACAUGGCUGAAGGUUCAUCAGGAAUGUCGCCAUUGCGUCUAAGCAAGCAUACGGAUGAAGACGAGUUUGAAGCAGAGGGCAUUCCCCUCAGACGGCAAGACGUAGUGUGGUCACCUUAAGGGCUUUUUUCCCUGGUUUUUUGCAGUAAGUGUGAGCCAGAGACCUUGUAACCAUGGCCAUGGAGCCGGGUUUGUACAUGCGCAUAGCUCAAGCAGACGGAAGAAUUCACAAGGCCGUAUGAGAUCAUCAUUAGCAUGUCAAAGAAGCUUGAACUCUGGCACAGCGCCACUAUUACAAUGGUAUGUGUUCCAAAUGUGAAUGGGUUAUGCUUGGAAAUAUCUUGAAAGAACGUGUCUGGUUGGUCCAAAGACGUGCAAUUUUAUGCAUCAAUAGUGGUGUUCUUUUAUCUGUU